UUGAUGUUUAGUCACUUGGCAACAUGUCUCGGAAACCGUUCACGCAGCUCACCCUGGCAGAGAAGAUUGCAUUGAUAAAGGACAGCGAUGGACAAACACAAGGAAAGCUCGCAGAAAAGUACGGCGUCGCACGUAGUACGGUACAGAACGUUCUGAAGCGCAAAGCGAAAUUAAUGCAAGCGUAUGAAGAAAAUGAGCCGGCGAAUAAGAAAAGGUCAAACAGUUGUCGUUUUGAGGCUGUCAACGAAUUCGUGUGGGAAUGGUUCUGUCGGAUGCGAGCAGCGAAUGUGCCAAUUUCAGGGCCGAUGAUCAAACAAAAGUCACUCGAGUACGCCGCCUCGCAAGGAAUGCACGAGUUCAAGGGUUCGACAGGCUGGUUAGAUAAGUUUAAAAUCCGUCACAACAUUAACUGCGCCGUCAUAAGUGGUGAAGGAGCCGCAGAGGCAUUCAAGCGCACGCGUCAGCAAACCGUCGCGACGUGUUUUGGGCGGACUGGUUUCACGGAUGAGGUCACAGAAGAAUCAGAGGAUCCAGAAGACGACAUGCCAUUGGCAGAUCUCGUUCGUCGAUUUCCACGCGCAACCGGGUCAGGAGACGACACAGUGACUGAAUACGUGGAGUGCGAUAACGAUUUGGUCACGAGCGACGUCGCGUCAACGGAAGACGACGAUCAUUGCGCGCGACGUACUGAUGAAAACGACGACAGCGAUGCCGAAGGCGAGGAAAACGAAGCACGUUCGGGCACAACGAUCCGACAAGCAAUUGAAAUGACCGAAAAGCUUCGGGACUUUUUUCUGCGCGAGAAUGUCUGACUACGUGCAGAUGACGACACAGAUGAACAAUUCUUUACUUGCGCAACUCAUGUCAUCUUCCCGUCAGAAUGACUUGUCUUAUUUCAUUCGCACGGACAGUUGAAGUCAUGGAAUUUUCAUUGAAGUGUCAAAUUAUCGCUAAUGCUCUUGUGUUUUAAAAUUGUCUUUGAAACGCCUUUCCGUACAUUUUCGUGGUCAAUUUCAUAAUGAUUGUUUUUUUUUUUUUUUG